AUGCAGCCGACUAAAGUAACGCAAAAAGCUCUUGCUGCGGGCCCGACCGCGACCAUCCGUAACAUCACAAAAUCGAGCCGUCAGUACGACAGUCGAAAUGGGUACCUUUUGCAGAUGGUGUCGGCUCACGCCGGCCUCCCGUCACUUCUUAAUUAG